GGACGCCGCCCGCUCCGGGCCGCUCCUGCGCUCGCCCGCGGCGCCCGCUCGGCCUCCCGCCCGCGUCCCGGGGCAGCGCUCCGGCCGUCGGCGGCCCCGCGCCCUGCUCGCGGAGGGCACAGAGGAGGGCGGCGGCCGGCCGGGGAUGGGCGCCGGGGGGCUGCGCGCGCUGCUGCUGGCGCUGGUGGCCGCGGGGACCCCCGCGGGCGCCUACAACCUGGACCCGCAGCGCCCCGUGCGCUUCCAGGGCCCCGCCGGUUCCUUCUUCGGCUACGCGGUGCUGGAACACUUCCACGACAACACGCGCUGGGUCCUUGUGGGUGCACCGAAGGCAGAGUCCAAGUACAGCACCUCAGUGAAGUCCCCUGGGGCUGUGUUUAAGUGCCGCGUCCACACCAACCCUGACCGGAGAUGCACCGAACUAGACAUGGCUCGAGGGAAGAAUCGGGGCAUGUCGUGUGGAAAGACCUGCCGGGAAGACAGGGAUGAUGAGUGGAUGGGGGUGAGCCUGGCCCGGCAGCCCAAGGCUGAUGGCCGCGUGCUGGCCUGUGCCCACCGCUGGAAGAACAUCUACUAUGAAACAGACCACAUCCUGCCCCACGGCUUCUGUUACAUCAUCCCGUCCAACCUCCAGGCCAAAGGCAGGACGCUGAUCCCCUGCUAUGAAGAGUAUAAGAAGAAGUACGGAGAGGAACACGGCUCCUGCCAGGCCGGGAUCGCGGGCUUCUUCACCGAGGAGCUGGUGGUGAUGGGUGCCCCGGGGUCAUUUUAUUGGGCCGGGACGGUCAAAGUGCUGAACCUUACGGACAACACCUAUUUCAAGCUGAACGACGAGGGGAUCAUGAACAGACGGUACACUUACCUGGGCUACGCAGUGACUGCUGGCUCCUUCUCUCGCCCGUCCACCACCGACGUGGUGGGAGGUGCCCCCCAGGACGACGGCAUUGGGAAGGUUUAUAUUUUUAGAGCUGAUCGAAGAUCAGGCACCUUGACCAAGAUUUUUCAGGCGUCAGGUAAAAAGAUGGGCUCUUACUUCGGCUCCUCCUUGUGCGCAGUUGACCUGAACGCGGACGGCCUCUCCGACCUGCUGGUGGGGGCUCCCAUGUUCUCUGAGAUCAGGGACGAGGGGCAGGUCACCGUUUACAUCAACAGAGGAAACGGAGCCCUGGAGGAGCAGCUGGCCCUCAGCGGUGACGGCGCCUACAACGCACACUUCGGGGAGAGCAUCGCCAGCCUGGGGGACCUCGACGAUGACGGGUUCCCAGAUGUGGCCGUGGGCGCACCCGAGGAGGAUGACUUCUCGGGGGCCGUCUAUGUCUAUCACGGAGACGGCGGCGGGAUCACCCCUCGGUACUCAAUGAAACUGUCAGGACGGAAGAUAAGUCCGGUUCUGCGGAUGUUUGGUCAGUCCAUAUCAGGCGGCAUUGAUAUGGAUGGAAAUGGCUAUCCUGAUGUAACUAUUGGAGCCUUCAUGUCCGACAGUGUAGUGCUUCUCAGGGCGAGGCCCGUCAUUACGGUGGGCGUCUCCAUCUUCCUCCCGGCCUCCAUCAACAUCACGGCGCCUCAGUGUCACGAUGGGCUGCAGCCUGUGAACUGCCUGAACGUCACCGCCUGCUUUAGCUUCCACGGCAAGCACGUUCCAGGAGAAAUUGGCCUCAAUUAUGUUCUGACUGCUGACGUGGCCAAAAAGGCGAAGGGCCAGGUGCCCAGGGUCUACUUUGUGUUGCUGGGAGAGUCCGUGGGUCAGGUGACAGAGAAGCUGCAGCUGGUGCACAUGGAGGAGACGUGUCAUCACUACGUGGCCCACGUGAAGGCUUCCCGGGGUCAGGCCACAGGGCGUGGGGCCGAGCGAGUGGGAAGGAGGCUCUUGGGGCUGGAGAGGCCCACGUUUCCGGUGUCCGUGCUCUCACCGUGGCUCAAGCACAGACCUUCCAGGGACUCAUUCGUCAGCCCCGUUAACACCCAGAGGUCCUCGAGGGUCCAGAAGGUAGAUGAACGGAGGGCGCAGGACGUCGUCAGCCCCGUGGUGUUCGAGGCCGCCUACAGCCUGCGGGAGCGCGCGCGCGGAGACGAGGGCCGGGAGCUGCCGGCUCUGGCGCCAGUGCUGCGCUGGAAGAAGGGACGGAAGAUUGCCCAGACGAACCAGACUGUCUUUGAAAGGAACUGCCGUUCGGAGGACUGUGCGGCCGACCUGCGGCUUCGGGGUCAGCUGUUCCUCUCCAGCGUUGAUGAGAAAACCCCGUAUCUAGCUUUGGGAGCUGUGAAGAAUAUCUCCCUGAACAUCUCCAUCUCAAACCUUGGGGACGACGCCUAUGAUGCCAACGUGUCCUUCAAUGUUUCCCGGGAGCUCUUCUUUAUCAACAUGUGGCAGAAGGAGGAAAUGGGCAUUUCCUGUGAACUGCUGGAAUCGGACUUCCUCAAAUGCAGCGUGGGGUUUCCUUUCAUGAGGUCCAAGUCAAAGUACGAAUUCAGCGUGAUCUUUGACACCAGCCACCUGUCUGGGGAAGAGGAAGUUCUUAGCUUCACCGUUACUGCUCAGAGCGGCAACGUGGAGCGCUCCGAGUCCCUGCACGACAACACCCUCACGCUGGCCGUGCCACUGAUGCACGAGGUGGACACGUCCAUCACUGGAAUCAUGUCUCCAACGUCCUUUGUGUACGGCGACUCCGUGGAUGCGUCUAACUUCAUUCAGCUGGAUGACAUGGAGUGUCACUUUCAGCCCCUCAACAUCACCCUUCAGGUCUAUAAUACUGGGCCAAGCACCCUCCCUGGUCCAUCUGUCAGUGUCGCUUUUCCCAAUCGACUGUCAUCUGGAGGCGCAGAAAUAUUUCACGUCCAGGAGAUGGUGGUGGGCCAAGAGAAGGGAAACUGUUCUUUCACAAAAAACCCAACCCCCUGCGUCAUCCCUCAAGAGCAAGAAAAUAUCUUCCAUACGAUAUUUGCCUUUUUCACAAAGUCUGGAAGAAAAGUCUUGGACUGUGAAAAACCAGGAAUUUCUUGCCUAACAAUGCACUGUAACCUCAGCGCGCUUGCUAAAGAAGAAAGUCGUACCAUAGACAUCUACAUGCUGCUGAACACAGAAAUACUGAAGAAGGACAGUUCAUCUGUCAUCCAGUUCAUGACCCGUGCCAAGGUCAAGGUGGACGCUGCCCUGAGGGUGGUGGAGAUAGCCAGUGGGAACCCAGAAGAGAUGACGGUGGUCUUCGAAGCCUUGCACAACCUGGAGCCGCGUGGCUAUGUUGUGGGGUGGAUCAUUGCCAUAAGUUUGCUGGUGGGAAUCCUCAUCUUCCUGCUGCUGGCUGUCCUGCUCUGGAAGAUGGGCUUCUUUCGCCGAAGGUACAAAGAAAUUAUUGAGGCUGAGAAAAACCGGAAAGAGAACGAAGACAGUUGGGACUGGGCCCAGAAAAGCCAGUGACCGGCCACAGCAGUCACGUGCCCCAGUCAUUCGCCUGUCGUCCUUGAUCUUUGUAUCUUCCAUAUUUGGAAGAAAGAAUCUUCUCCAGAUUUUUCGGAGGCCCCAGUGAUGCUGUCCUCUUCCCCAUCUUGUCAAGCCCAGGAGCCACCCUGAGGCAGCGCCCUGGCCAGGUCACCUGACUCGAGCCACCACCUGUUUCUUCUGAAAGGUGAACCCCGAACUUUGGAGAGCGAGCACAGAGCUGAGCGGUAUUUAUGGAUGCGACGUGCAUGGUCAACCCUCAGGGGAAAACUGUUAGCUAAAAGUAUUUUUAUAAACAUAAGCCUUUUAUACUGAUUAUGUCUUUAUAUUUGUAUCGAUGUUUUAUUAUUUCUAUUAAAUAGUUCUAUAAUUCACUCAAACACUGAUAUCUAGGCUGAAACCUUGGAAAUACAUGUGCGUUCAUACAAAUUUUUAAAGGAUAAAUAUCUGAUCAUACUUUGGAACUUGCUGUUAAAAGAGACUUGCCGAUAAAAGAUACGAGGAAACCUCGCGUGCUGAACCCCCCAGGAGGCUGCGUGCGUGUCCGGGGUGCGGUGAGACCCCUUAGGCAAUGUGCAUCUUUGUUGUCCGGACUCGAGUUCCAAGUAACGAGCUGAAGAACUCUGAGUGGUUUUUCAUACGUACCUUGCGUUGGAAGAUUUCCAACAGGAAUUUGGAUGGAAACGCAUGACCCCAGCACGAGUCUGCUCCGCGUCACCUACACAGCAGACCUCACCCCCUCCUUCCACUCAGAGUGAUGGACAGGAGCUUGGAGCAGGGCCGUCGGGUCAUCUGGUAAACCUCAGCAUGGUGUCUCACCUGGACACCUGGACACCUGGACACAGGGACUAAAUCCGUGCUCGCCAAGCAAAGACUUGUGUCUGGACGUUGGGAUGUGGCCUCUCACGGUGAUCUGAGUUCAGAGUCUCCACUUCCCCUCCACCCCUGCCGUGCCAGCUAAUGGCGACAGCAGGUUCCUUCCCAGAGGUGGCCAUCCAGCCUGUCCUUAGUUUUUAAGAUAAUGUCCCCAAAGCAGACUCCAAUACAAAGAUUUGCGUCCAACAAACAAGGUGGUUCCGCUCCUAGGAGGCAGCAGUAAGUGUGCCAGGGAAGCAGAACAGGGAAGGGGAGGAAGCCAGGCAAGGGUGCCAUUUCGGAGGCCGUCAGUGGAGGCAGCCUCAGCCUGAUCCUGCAGGGUCUCUGGAGGGUACGUGAUGUCUCAGAGCUGAGCUCUCAUAUUCUUGCGCCCAGGAGAGCUGUAAAUUCCCCACUCAGUUCUUGCGGCAGAACAGCUCCGACAGCCCAGAGGCCUCUGCGGGAGAGCCGCAAACGCACCCCCGGCCCGGGGAGGCUUCCAGCGAUGAUGAGAAGAAGAAUGCGCUGGGAUCAGGCGUAGGGCCGGCAUCCGCCCCGCCCCCCGCGCCUGCGAAUGCUGAGUUGUGGCCUUCAGUUCCAGGCUCCCUGUUCCCAGUGUUUAUCAGCAGACGUGCUGUGCUGCCCGGCUUCGAGUGCAGUGUGAGUGUCUAAAAGGGCAGUGAGAUGAUGUGUGUAUUGUGCCCGGCACAGCACCUGGGCCACAGCGAACACUGUAACUGAGGGAAAAAACACGUGGCUGAGAACAGGGUCUGAGAAAGAGUCCUGAGCGGCUUAGUGCAGCCCACUGAAGGCCCAGGUGCAUAAAAGAUGGGAUCCAAUGGGAAUGGAACAGGGAACAAGGCGAGGGUCUUUCUUGUAGGGCGUUGUUUACUGGAAGCUAAUGUUGGGGGCGGGGGUCUGUGAACAUUGUUGCAAAGACACGAACUCAGCUUCAGAGGAAUCCAUUGUUUUACGCACAUCUGUGGCUAAUACUUGGAAAGAUACCCACCGUUUGGGCCAAAUCAUGAGGGUGCCGGACAGCUGUGCGCCUGGCGUGUGGCAGAAGUGUCUUUUCGUUUCUGGUGCACGCAGCUGACUCUGCUGCGGGAAGACAGCGACUGUGUCCUGUGUCCCUUCCUGGUGGCUGUGGGGUAGAUGACAGAGCCAGAGGGUCCGUGGCGUGAACCAGGCUGAGCUCAGAAUGAAGGCAGGGAUGUUGCUUCUAGCGGAGGGACGGAGGCACGGAGGCAACUGCCGGGCAGUGCAGUCAGAGAAUCCAGUUCUCCGAGUUCAGCGGCGAGGUAACCCAGGCAGUUCUGAGUGGGCCUUAGUCACUCACUGAAAGGACACUUAGGCGGCGCGUCAGGAGCUGUGCUGAGCGCUGGGCUCCCCGUGGAACCCGGCAGCCCGUUCCGCCUGCAGAACCAGACCUUCCUGCAAGAGGCGACCAGAGCGUCCCCCGUGCAGCCCUCCCUCGAUGGACUCCUGCUCUUCGUGUCAUGCUGUGCUUUUAAUAAGCCGUUCAAGAUUGUUAGGUGCCAAACACAUGCCUCUAUAGUCCCGGACCAGCUGCCUUGCAAGGGGUGCGGACGCACUGGUGACAGCGUAGGGGUGACUCAGCCUGUUCCUGGGGACGGUCUCAGAGCCGGGACCUGGCGGCCUCUGGCUGGUUCUGAAUUUUAGACCCACAUGAGUAGUCGUAUGCUCAGGAGAUCGCUAAGACUUCGUAAGGCAGUUUUGUUUUGUUUCCAUUGUACUUGGCCUCACCAGGAGCACGCACGGCAGCCACCCCGGGAGCCUGCCUGGGAAGGCUGGUGCCUCUCCACGCCUGGCGGUGCCGAGGGGCAGGUGGGGCGACAGCGAGCAUGGCCACAAAGAACCAGCCCUUUGUGAGCCCUGUCGAGGCUGGGCAUUUCGCCAGCUCAGAAGCUCCCAGUGGGCUCUCGGGGGAAGCAGACAGGGCGAAUGGCAUCUGUGUAACUUCUCCAGAAUAUUCUUUUGAAAGUCCACAGUGCAUUCAGUUUCGAACCUUCCUGCCUCUCUGGCUUCACUGUGGAACCCUAUCAGACAUUCUUACAUAGCACUCGCUCAGUCUGCUUCAGCUUUCAGUCAUGUAUUCAGUAUGGUUUUAACUGACAGAAAGAUUGAGACACUUUUUAAAUAUGAUAAAGGACCCUUGUAAAAAUUGAGGAAAAUAAUGCCCUCUUUUCAAGAAUGAUUGACUCAGGCUCAGCUGACACGGGACUCAUGAGUUGGGAGCAGCCGCACAGGGAGUCCUUGGCCCGUUGCCAAGAAGACGCCAUGAGGUUCAGGAAUAAGGAGACACCAGGAGGGAGCGGGUCCGCUGGCCCUACGGUGACUGACAGGCUCACAGCCGGAAUCGCCGUCAGCCAGCUCUCGCUCCAUCGGCAUCACCAGGAGAAUUCUGAAGUCCGGUGGCUGUUGUAGAAAAGCCGCUACCAGUCCUCUUCCGCCAGGGCGCACACAGCCUACAGUCUGUGGGCCACCGGCAAGGGAGUUAAGGACAAACAGCAAACCGGCCGGCCCCCCAAGAACACCCAGGGCUGUUCUCCGUGCACAAGUAUGGUAGAGCCCCACGCAACACGUGUGCUGUGUGCCACCUGCUAAAUCCCCGGCAGGGUCGCUUUUUAAAGGCUAUUCUGCUACUUUUAUUUUUGGAAAAGACAUUACGGCCCGGGGAAUGCAGUUACACACCGGCUACACGUGAAAUGUGCAUCUGGUGAAACCCACAUGCACCUGACCCAGACUUCCGGAAAUAUAGAGGCACCACAAAGGGUUGUCAUGUCGGGGAAAUGGUCCUCUAGCAGACAAAAGGCAGACAGUGAGGGUCAUUUCAGAGGUGCUCCCGUGUGCAGAGGUCUAAGCAGUGUGUUGUUCGCUGUGGGGAGCAGUGGUGUUCACAGUGGUCGUUAUUUUCUGAAACAAAGAGGGGCUGAAGGGAGGAUACAGAGCCACGAGGGCCAAGGUGAACCUUCUAGAAUGUCUUCUGAUUUUCAGCACAUUGGGGGAAUAAUGAACAAAGUUCCCACAUGGUGCAAUGCUUUAUAGCACAAUGUUCUAGAUUUCAGACUUUGUUAAGUUUUUUUUUUUUUCUAAUAUGCACGGUGUGACGGGCAGAGUGAGUUUAAAAGCUUUAAGAGUGAUUAAUUGCAUGGCAGACACCCACGCUAACUUCACUUCCAGAACUUGACUGAUGCAUCCAUGUACAUUUCCAUUGAGGAAUUUUAGUGGGAGGGAUGUUCCUCCUCACAGAGUCAUUAAAAGUGUAUUCAAGUCUAUGCAGUCACUUCUAAUUCACUUGCACUGUUAGGGAAAUGCAGGUUUACAAAAGUACAUGUUUGGAAUAAAAAUUGGCUGCAAAUGA